AUGUCGUCAACCAAAAAUCUAGGUGAUGUCUUCAUGGGGGGUGCCACCACCUCGCAGCACGUGGAUGCCGAAGACGAUCAGCACUUUGAAGAUACUACGUUUCGGUUGAAGCGGACACGCUCGUUGGGCGUACUAGACGAAUUUAUCCCCGAUAAGGACAAGGACGACGAACCAAAGGUUUCUGAUUCUUUGAAAGACCGACAGAAUCCUGAACAAACUGAUGAUAAAGACGACACUAGUGCACUAGACGAUACCAACGAUGAGCCUGGAACCAUCACCAGUCCCGAUAUGUUGCCCUUUGAUGAUACGGAUAUAAGUCUGGAACCGUCUCGCCAUGUGGAUUAUCUUUCGCAUAAAUGGGACAUGUCGGACAUUUCCAAAUCCUGGCGGUACGUCAUACGAAAGCGACCAUACGUUCCCAACGCUGCUCGACUUGAGAAUGCUAGCUGGAGAACGUGGGCUCAGCGCCGUGGAAACCUCAAGACUAUUAGUCCUGAAGUGGUCAAUUGGUCUAAGGAUAGCGACGUUACGUGGUUAUACGGACCAAUUCUAAAAGAUGAGGAAAACGACGCACCCAGUGACGAGGACAACCAUCGAGCCGCGACAACAGCCACAUCUGCCGUGGCUGGCGACAUCUCGUUGCCCAGCAAAUCGAAAAGUCCCAAGCCGAUUUUGAAGCGUAGAACCGUCCAAGAUAUGAUGAUUAGUCACGCCAACCUUAUGAAGCUCCAAAAAGCCACCAGUCGCAUGCACGAGAGACAACUAGCGGGCCACCGGGCUGCGGCUGCGGCUGAUGGUGCUGGUGCUUCGGAGACUCGAGGCAACGAAGUUCCAGAGUUUGAUGACUACGACGCCAUUUCCGCCAAAUUGAACUCGCAAUACUUCAUGCCCACAGCUGCCACCUCCAGCUUUGUGAGCGUGGACAAGUACCUGGACCUUGCUCCGUCGUCGGCAGACCCCACUCCAGAUCCCAAAGAGCGACGCAUUCAUUUCAAUAAUGAGGUCCAACAGUGCAUUGCUGUCGACCACAUAUCUUCCGACGAGUACGACUCGGACGACUACGACUACAACGAGGAAUUGGGCGAAGACUACGUCUACGAGGACCAGCAACACGAAGACGACGAAGAGGAGGAAGAAUCGGACGAGGACGACGGGUUCGUUUUUUCUGUGCGGUCUCCUUCUUCUGGUGUUUCAAUUCCAGGACUUCCAGUUCCUCCACUUUCGAGCUCAGAAAUCGGAGGCUCGUCGUCGUCUGUCUCUGAGUCGGUGUCGACGUCGCAAAGCUACAGGACAAUUCAUCUACUUCCUUCCACCACCCUCAACUUGGGUUCUUCUGACGAAGAGAGCGACGACGAAAAUCCUUAUACUCUGAGCCAAUCGCACAACAGCACCAGUCGUGGCUACGAUUAUUAUUACGACUACAAUUCCGUUUAUACCGUGGAUCCCAAUCAUGCUAUCUAUGGUAGAAAAACCCCAGAUGUUAUCGAUGUUCCUGAAAAUAUUGCCAUGGGUUCCAACGUUGACUACAAGACAAUCGAGGACGAUGGUGCGCUAGGGAAACCGGAAACUACUGCUGUGGCUGAUAGCACUGUCAACGAGUCACUAAGUGCAAAUGAUAGUGAAAACAGUCGCAUACCACUUACAACGGAUAACUCAGUUAAAGAAUCUCCAUUUGCUGGUUCCGACUCCGAAGACGACUCAGACUCGGAUUCGGAUGACGGACUCUCGAUUUCCACCAGAAGGUCAAGCCAUUCUUUGGCCCAACAGGUGUUCAACCGUACCACUCCGCACUCAGAACGAGAUCAGGAACAACACCUGUACCCCAUUGCUGAACCUACUCCAGUACGUGCGAUCAAUCCGAGCCAUUCGCUGACUUCGCUUUCGAAACAACCGCCCUCAUCUGGCCUGCUCUCACUGCUGUUUUUUGGAUCUGGAACGGCUGGCGUCGAUAAGCUGUUGUCGUCGCUGUUUUUAGGAACAGACAAACAGAAUACCCAUUAG